CUUCACCUCCUCUCCCGAUGUGUUCACACUCUUCACCGUUUCUUCUCUUCUUUCGUUUCUCCUCCUCCACUAUCGCAACCAGACUCUAUCAAUCUUUCCAUAGCGAACCAAUUUUCUAUGACAAGGCACCUAAUGUUACCUCUAUUUCUCCUCUCCAAUCUCUAUAAUUGUUUGAUUGCCCCGACCCAUGAGAAAUCAUAUCUUCCACAUCGCCUCUUGUACAAUUCUUCUCUCAUUCACCUCAUUGGUCCACCAACGAUGUACAUUUUUGUCGGAACGGUAAGGGCUAUUGCAAUCCUAUAACUCAAGAGUCAAGAGGCAUCCGAUUACGUAAAGAGCAUGUCACAAGAAGGGUUUGAUAUGCAAGUUUAAAGGCUUUUAUGUAUUAGAUUCAUACUCCGUUUGGGUGGAAGUUUCAUAGAAAUUGUAAUAAUUCAUUUGUUUGCAGUUAAGUUUGAAUUCAUUGUCUAUUUGUUUGAAUUUAUGUUUCAUAUUCCGGAGGCACUAUAAAACGGAUGAGAGCAAAGAAUUUAUGUAGAAUGCAUGUAUAUCUAUUAAGAAUUCAUUAAAAGAAGAACACAUAUGAGGGUAAUUUCUAAUCCUAAUGUAAAUGCAGAGGUCUCUAUUUUCC